CAGUUCAAAAGCAUCAAUUCUUUAUUUUCCAACUCUCACAUCCAUAUAUGACUACUGGAAAAACCAUAGCUUUGACUAGAUGGACCUUUGUUGGCAAAGUAAUGUCUCUGCUUUUUAAUAUGCUGUCCUUCCUAUACCUCUGUGCCAAGCCUUGGGGGCCAGAUAGAAGUGCUGCUUCUCUGAGUUUCAGUUUCCCCAUCUGUGAAACGGAGAGCUGACUGCCCUCCUCCCAGGUGUUUGUACAGAUGGCCUAAGCUGUUGGAAUAAAGCAACUGCCCAUGAUAGCCAGAAACGGCUCCACGUCUGUCUGCCAGUGAUCCGCCCCUGCCCAGCUCUGCCAGGAUGGCCCCUUGGUUGUCACUGGUGGGGGGGGCCUUCUCCCCUCUCCGACUUUCCUUGGGGAAUGUGAUCUAAUGGAUUCCCAUGGCUCACCCGCUCGCCUGUCCUGGGAUCCGGGACUUACAGCCUCAUCUUCCUGCCCCCUCCGGAUUCAGACCAGCCCAGAAGCCUCUACUCAGCCCUCACCAUUGGCCUUCCCUUUCCUUUCACUAUUGGUGUCUGCGUCUCAGCGCCUGCCCACUGUCUCAGGGAGGUGCCUCAUGGCAGCCCGCCCCUCUAGCCUGGUUUCCUCAGGAAAAGCCUGGGGAGGAAGCAGGAAGGGGGUUGGGCGCUGUGGGGGCCAGACUGACCCAAGCCCUCCGGCUGCACUGGCCGCCAUGGGGCCGGGGCUGCUGUUCCCUCUGUUGCUGCUCGAGGCUCUGGGGGCCCCGGGGUCUGAGCUGGAUGCCGGGGGGCGGCACGUCUGCAAGGCCAGCAGGUGGGUCUUGUGGGAGUCUGAUGAGGCGGGGAGAGGACAUGAAGAAAGAGGGGCUAAAGCGGGAGGGGCUCGGGGACAGCCUGGAAGGCGGUGGGAUGGCUAGGGACAGAGCGGAAAGGGUUUGUGGACGUGGGGCUGUGACCCUUGGCCAGCCCUACCAGAUGGGGCUGAGGCCAGAGACAGUGAUCCAUCUGCAGGGCCAGGCUGCCCCCCCGGCUGACCCCUCUCUGCCCCACAGCCCCUCUGCUGAGCUCCAGUGCUGCCCAGGCUGGAGGCAGAAAGAUCAAGAAUGCACCAUCCCCAUCUGUGAGGGGCUGGAUGCCUGCCGGGAAGACGAGGUAUGUGUGAAACCAGGCCUCUGUCGGUGCAAACCUGGAUUCUUCGGAGCCCAAUGCAACUCCCGCUGCCCGGGCCAGUACUGGGGCCCCGACUGCAGGGAGGUCUGCACCUGCCACCCGCACGGCCAGUGCGAACCGGCCACCGGCGUGUGCCACUGCCAACCUGACCGCUGGGGCGACCGCUGCGAGUUUCCGUGCGCCUGCGGUCCCCACGGCCGCUGCAACCCCGAGACCGGCGCGUGCCGCUGCGAGCCCGGCUGGUGGUCGCCCACGUGCCGCCGCCCGUGCCAGUGCAACCCCGCGGCGGCGCGGUGCGAUCAGGCCACCGGCUCCUGCCUGUGCGAGCCAGGCUGGUGGGGCCGCCGCUGCAGCUUCCGCUGCGCCUGCCACGGCUCGCCGUGCGCGCAGGAGUCGGGCCGCUGCGCCUGCCGGCCGGGCUGGUGGGGACCCGAGUGCCGGCAGCCGUGCGAGUGCGUGCGCGGCCGCUGCAGCGCCGUCUCCGGCCAGUGCUCCUGCCCGCCCGGCUUCCAUGGCGUGCGCUGCGAGCUGCCCUGCUCCGCCGGCCAGUACGGGCUCCGGUGCCGCGACAGCUGUGGCCACUGCAAGCAGAAUAAGCCGUGCUCUGCAGACACAGGCAGCUGCGAGGCCUGCGAGCCGGGCUGGAACGGGACCCAGUGCCACCAGCCCUGCCCUCCUGGCACCUUUGGCGAGAACUGUAGCCAGCAGUGCCCCCACUGCCGGCUUGGAGAGGCCUGUCAGCCAGACACCGGCCACUGUCAGCGCUGUGAGCCUGGCUGGCGGGGGCCCAGGUGCGAAGACCCCUGCCUGACUGGCACCUUUGGGGAGGGUUGCGGCUCUACCUGCCCCACCUGUGUCCAGGGGGCCUGUGAUGCUGUGACAGGGGAGUGUGUCUGCAACGCUGGCUACUGGGGGCCCAGCUGCAAUACUUCGUGUCCAUCUGGCUUCCAUGGAAACAACUGCUCUGUUCCCUGCGAAUGUCCAGAGGGAAACUGCGACCCUGUCUCUGGGGCCUGCCAGCUGGGAUCACAUAGUCAGGACACCGCCCUCAUCGCGGGCAUCCUUGUUCCUCUGCUGCUGCUGCUCCUGGCCACCGCCUGCUGUGCCUGCUGCUGCUGGGCCGCCCGGCUGGACCCCAAGGACAGGCCAGUGAGAGAUGGAACCGCCAUGUCCAGGAUGAAGCUGCAGGUCUGGGGGGCCCUGACCUCCAGCCUGGGCUCUGCGCUGCCCUGUGGUUCCCUGAGCAGCCACAAGCUUCCCUGGGUGACAGUCUCGCACCACGACCCGGAGAUCCCCUUCAACCACAGCUUCAUCGAGCCGCCCUCCGCUGGCUGGGCUUCGGAUGACUCCUUCUCUUCGGAUUCCGAGUCUGGAGAAGAGGACGAGGGUCCUGCCUAUUGCGUGCCACCCCAAGAAGGGAUGGUCCCUGCGGCCCCAGCGGAAUCCUCAGAGGCCAGCCUGGCUGGAGGUCCCUUCCCUCCCCCUGAGGAUGCCUCCACGCCAUUUGCCAUCCCGCGCACUUCCAGCCUCGCUAGGGCCAAGCGGCCAUCAGUCUCCUUUGCUGAAGGCACCAAGUUCGCACCACAGAGUCGCCGAGGCUCCGGGGAGCUCUCCAGCCCGCUCCGAAAGCCCAAGAGGCUCUCCCGGGGGACCCAGCCAGGUCCUGAAAGCCAGGAGACUGAGAAUUCCACAGGCCCACAAGUGGAAACAGAUGGGGCCCCUCCUGGUACUGCCAGCCCCAGGGAUUCAGCUGUUGGUCGCCGCCGGCUCCCACUUGGUGGCCGGACAGUGGCUGAGCGUGUGGAAGCCAUCGAGGGCAGCGUCCAGGAAAGCUCAGGCUCUGUCACCACGAUCUACAUGUUGGCAGGGACACCCCGGGGACCUGAGGGCCCCGUCCGGUCUGUCCUCCGCCGUUUUGGUAGCUUCCAGAAAGGCCAGGCAGAACCCAAGGUCAAGAGUGCCAUCCCCAAGCCUCCACGUCGGGCCCUGAGUCGUAACAAGGACAGCCCCAGGCUGGACUCUGGCUCUGCCAAUCAGAGCCCCAGCUCAGCCAUGAAGGAGGAGCUGACUGGGGCCUUGGAGUCUUCAGGGACUGGGUCAGAGGAAGGGGCCAGGAGCCUGGGGGACAGCAUCAAGAGCUCAGAGGGUGGCCAGGAGCUGGCCCCUGAGGAUGGCCCCCUAGUACAGGAUCCCCAGAAGGUGGCUGACAAGGAAGGGCAGGAGGAGCCCCAGUAUGAAAAUGUCAUACCCAUCUCUGGGCCACCGGAACCCUGAGGAUCUUAAAUUUCAUGAGUGGGAAGAUGGUGGAUGGGGCUUAGGCCUCAGAUUGCCCCUAUCAGAUUGUUUUGUGCUGGGAAAAGAUCCCAGGGCCAGAAAGACAUGCCCCCUUGCGCUUUCACUGGGAAAUGUCAGUGCUGAAGGCCAGCUGGCUCUGGGUCCUAGCCGAGCUCUGGGAGUGGGUCUGGAAGGCCUGGGCAGAGACCCCACUGAAUGGGGUCAGGAAGGGGGAAGAGAUGACUGCAGGGACUUUUUCUCUGUUGUCCUGGGCUCUGUUUAGCCCCAGUCUCUUCUUUCCUUCAUUUGCAAAACAUUUUCCUGAAAUGGGAUACAACCAAACUGUUGGAUGAUAAAAGAUUAAAGAGAGAUUCCUUAUGAAAGGUUCCUAAACAGCCAACUAAAUCAGGUUGUGUAAGAAUAUGGGAGCUUGUUCAUGCUAUCCUGUUACAUGUAAAUCAUGUUUCCUUUUUACAAAUUUCAUUCCUUUUGGCCUCAGAAUACAUGUUUAGAAUUCUUCCA